AAAAUGUCCAUAAAAUUUUGGCUGCCAAUUUAAAAAAAAAAUUGGACAAGAAGAUGCUGUUAGUUCAAGGGAAGACAAAUAGUUCGAGGUCCUCCCUUUUGGAUUGGGACUCUGCCAUGGGCUGGGGGUACUAUGAGCCUGGUGGGCACGAUGUGAUCCUGCCUCUGCCGGACUUGGCUUCUUCUCUGCCUGUUUUGUAGCAACCACUGCGCUUGCCUUUCUUGCUUGUGUCUGUGUGGGUCUCAUUAGCAGUGGGUGUGUGUCUUACCACAGUGGCUCAUUCACAGGGCUGCUGGCAGUGCCAGGGAUCAGGAGCCGCCUCUCCAUCUGUCCAGAACAAAGCUGGGCUGAGCCCUCUCACGGUCCUGUGGCCCUUGGUCUCCCCACAUGAGGUGUCCCGAGAUUGAAGAGAGAAGGUGCCUCCUGGCGAUGGCAUUGCCAAGGCUGGAAUCUGCCUCUCAAGGAAGUCCCUCGGCGGCCAGCUGCUGUACCGUGACCUUCGUGAUGGUGGAGUGAGUAGGCACUGGAAUCAAUAAGCCUGGCCUCUCCAUCUGCCAGCCUGAAUGCAGGUGCCAGUUACUACUGCCCAGCACGGACGAGGGACAGGAACCGUGGCGCAUAGAUCCCAGCAAAGGGGAUUGGCUUUUGUGGACACAAGCUUGAGAAAUCACUGUGUUUUUGGCUCAGCGGCCCUGUGACAUUCCUUCCUGUUGUCAUUUGUUGAGUGACCAAUCAGAUGGGUGGAGUGUGCUACAGAAAUUGGCAGCAAGUAUCCAAUGGGUGAAGAAGAAGCUGACUGGGGAUGUGGGCAGCCCUGACGUGAUGAGCUCAGCCAGCAGAGACAUUCCAUCCCAAGAGAGGUCUGCGUGACGCAUCCGGGAGGCCACCCUCGGCAAGACCACCGCACGGUUGGUGGAAGGGGUGACAGCUGCAUUCUCCUGUGCCUACCACGUAACCAAAAAUGAAGGAGAACUACUGUUUACAAGCUGCCCUGGUGUGCCUGGGCAUGCUGUGCCACAGCCAGGCCUUUGCCCCAGAGCGGCGGGGCCACCUGCGGCCCUCCUUCCAUGGGCACCAUGAGAAGGGCAAGGAGGGGCAGGUGCUACAGCGCUCCAAGCGUGGCUGGGUCUGGAACCAGUUCUUCGUGAUAGAGGAGUACACCGGGCCUGACCCCGUGCUUGUGGGCAGGCUUCAUUCGGAUAUUGACUCUGGUGAUGGGAACAUUAAAUACAUUCUCUCAGGUGAAGGAGCUGGAACCAUUUUUGUGAUUGAUGACAAAUCAGGGAACAUUCAUGCCACCAAGACGUUGGAUCGAGAAGAGAGAGCCCAGUACACGUUGAUGGCUCAGGCGGUGGACAGAGACACCAACCGGCCACUGGAGCCACCGUCGGAAUUCAUUGUCAAGGUCCAGGACAUUAAUGACAACCCUCCGGAGUUCCUGCACGAGACCUAUCAUGCCAACGUGCCUGAGAGGUCCAAUGUGGGAACAUCAGUAAUCCAGGUGACAGCUUCAGAUGCAGAUGACCCCACUUAUGGAAAUAGCGCCAAGUUAGUGUACAGUAUCCUCGAAGGACAACCCUAUUUUUCGGUGGAAGCACAGACAGGUAUCAUCAGAACAGCCCUACCCAACAUGGACAGGGAGGCCAAGGAGGAGUACCACGUGGUGAUCCAGGCCAAGGACAUGGGUGGACAUAUGGGCGGACUCUCAGGGACAACCAAAGUGACGAUCACACUGACCGAUGUCAAUGACAACCCACCAAAGUUUCCGCAGAGCGUAUACCAGAUGUCUGUGUCAGAAGCAGCUGUCCCUGGGGAGGAAGUAGGAAGAGUGAAAGCUAAAGAUCCAGACAUUGGAGAAAAUGGCUUAGUCACAUACAAUAUUGUUGAUGGAGAUGGUAUGGAAUCGUUUGAAAUCACAACGGAUUAUGAAACACAGGAGGGGGUGAUAAAGCUGAAAAAGCCUGUAGAUUUUGAAACCAAAAGAGCCUAUAGCUUGAAGGUAGAGGCAGCCAAUGUGCACAUCGACCCGAAGUUUAUCAGCAAUGGCCCUUUCAAGGACACUGUGACUGUCAAGAUUGCAGUAGAAGAUGCUGACGAGCCCCCUAUGUUCUUGGCCCCAAGUUACAUCCACGAAGUCCAAGAAAAUGCAGCUGCUGGCACCGUGGUUGGGAGAGUGCAUGCCAAAGACCCUGAUGCUGCCAACAGCCCGAUAAGGUAUUCCAUCGAUCGUCACACUGACCUCGACAGAUUUUUCACUAUUAAUCCAGAGGAUGGUUUUAUUAAAACUACAAAACCUCUGGAUAGAGAGGAAACAGCCUGGCUCAACAUCACUGUCUUUGCAGCAGAAAUCCACAAUCGGCAUCAGGAAGCCAAAGUCCCAGUGGCUAUUAGGGUCCUUGAUGUCAACGAUAAUCCUCCCAAAUUUGCUGCCCCUUAUGAAGGUUUCAUCUGUGAGAGUGAUCAGACCAAGCCACUUUCCAACCAGCCAAUUGUUACAAUUAGUGCAGAUGACAAGGAUGACACGGCCAAUGGACCAAGAUUUAUCUUCAGCCUACCCCCUGAAAUCAUUCACAAUCCAAAUUUCACAGUCAGAGACAACCGAGAUAACACAGCAGGCGUGUACGCCCGGCGUGGAGGAUUCAGUCGGCAGAAGCAGGACUUGUACCUUCUGCCCAUAGUGAUCAGCGAUGGCGGCAUCCCGCCCAUGAGUAGCACCAACACCCUCACCAUCAAAGUCUGCGGGUGCGACGUGAACGGGGCACUGCUCUCCUGCAACGCAGAGGCCUACAUUCUGAACGCCGGCCUGAGCACAGGCGCGCUGAUCGCCAUCCUCGCCUGCAUCGUCAUUCUCCUGGUCAUUGUAGUAUUGUUUGUGACCCUGAGAAGGCAAAAGAAAGAACCACUCAUUGUCUUUGAGGAAGAAGAUGUCCGUGAGAACAUCAUUACUUAUGAUGAUGAAGGAGGUGGGGAAGAAGACACAGAAGCCUUUGAUAUUGCCACCCUCCAGAAUCCAGAUGGUAUCAAUGGAUUUAUCCCCCGCAAAGACAUCAAACCUGAGUAUCAGUACAUGCCUAGACCUGGGCUCCGGCCAGCACCCAACAGCGUGGAUGUCGAUGACUUCAUCAACACGAGAAUACAGGAGGCAGACAAUGACCCCACGGCUCCUCCUUAUGACUCCAUUCAAAUCUACGGUUAUGAAGGCAGGGGCUCAGUGGCCGGGUCCCUGAGCUCCCUAGAGUCGGCCACCACAGAUUCAGACUUGGACUAUGAUUAUCUACAGAACUGGGGACCUCGUUUUAAGAAACUAGCAGACUUGUAUGGUUCCAAAGACACUUUUGAUGACAAUUCUUAACAAUAACGAUACAAAUUUGGCCUUAAGAACUGUGUCUGGCGUUCUCAAGAAUCUAGAAGAUGUGUAAACAGGUAUUUUUUUAAAUCAAGGAAAGGCUCAUUUAAAACAGGCAAAGUUUUACAGAGAGGAUACAUUUAAUAAAACUGCAAGGACAUCAAAGUGGUAAAUACUGUGAAAUACCUUUUCUCACAAAAAGGCAAAUAUUGAAGUUGUUUAUCAACUUCGCUAGAAAAAAAACACUUGGCAUACAAAAUAUUUAAGUGAAGGAGAAGUCUAACGCUGAACUGACAAUGAAGGGAAAUUGUUUAUGUGUUAUGAACAUCCAAGUCUUUCUUCUUUUUUAAGUUGUCAAAGAAGCUUCCACAAAAUUAGAAAGGACAACAGUUCUGAGCUGUAAUUUCGCCUUAAACUCUGGACACUCUAUAUGUAGUGCAUUUUUAAACUUGAAAUAUAUAAUAUUCAGCCAGCUUAAACCCAUACAAUGUACGUACAAUACAAUGUACAAUUAUGUCUCUUGAGCAUCAAUCUUGUUACUGCUGAUUCUUGUAAAUCUUUUUGCUUCUACUUUCAUCUUAAACUAAUACGUGCCAGAUAUAACUGUCUUGUUUCAGUGAGAGACGCCCUAUUUCUAUGUCAUUUUUAAUGUAUCUAUUUGUACAAUUUUAAAGUUCUUAUUUUAGUAUACAUACAAAUAUCAGUAUUCUGACAUGUAAGAAAAUGUUACGGCAUCACACUUAUAUUUUAUGAACAUUGUACUGUUGCUUUAAUAUGAGCUUCAAUAUAAGAAGCAACCUUUGAAAUAAAAAAAGAUUCUUUUUUAAUUCUGGGUUUGAUUCUUAACAUUGAAACAAACGUUAAGUAUUUCUAAUGAUCCAUUUAUAUUUCUAAUUUAAUUGUGAUCUUUUAAUAACCCUAUUUAUGAUCUGUUGUAGUCUGUCUGCUGCUUUUAUUGUUUAUUUAAAAUCAAAUAUGUUUUACAAAUGUUUUUUCAGAAAAGAUUCUGUAACAUCAUGUAAAGCUUUUUUGUACAUUCUUGGUGUUAACCUCCUGGCUUCUCUUCACACACAUCUUCUAGAAAAGAAGGAUGUGAAAGAACUAGGUCAGUCUAUGACUUUGCAAUAUGUGUUAUAUAAUAUGCAUUUAUCUUGUAUAUCAGUAAUUUGAUGGUUAUGAGAGAUGAAUCCAUGAGGGAAUGGAGCUAUCAGAACUCUAAUGUUCCAGGUAUACAUUCUAUGCCCCACACUGAGCACUGGGGGACUGGGGGACUAGAGUCAAAAAUAUAAAUUUGCCCAGGCUCUAAUGUUAUUCUAUUUUUUUCUUAUGUUGAACUUACCAGGCUAUUGUAAGACUCUGACAGUUGAAACUGCUUAUUUUUCCUCCUGUAAUUUUAACUAAUUGUAAAAUGAUGUGGCAUUUUACGUUUUAAUGAGAAUGGGCGAUUCAUUUCAAAAACCUUUGUUUAGAAUGUGCUUGGGGCCAUAAGCUCAGAAUGAGGGCAGGGACCAUUUUGGAUUCUGAAGGUCGAUGCCAUUUGGUCCGGGAGUGUGUCUACAGUCCCCUGCAUCCCAGCUAGUUUCCUGGGGAUUGAAACUUACGUGAAGGGCAUUUCACCUGUUCAGUUGGGCCAAAGGUCAAAACGUAGCAAUACUUGGGGAAAGACCACAUAAAGUCACAACUGCAAGUGCUUUCCCUCUUUCCCCCUACACACAGGGCACGUGCUUUUUCUUGGAUUGCAGACAAUUUUUACAGUUUUUUUCUGACUUUAUUGUGCAAGUUUGUUUCAAGCAUUUCUUGAUAUCAUGUUAUGUACUAUUUUUAUGAUUUAGUCAACAUGCAUACAAAGAAAUGUUUUUUAUGAAGUGCUCACUUCCAUUUUACUUUGCAUUGAAAUCAAAUUGGGCUGAACACUUCAAUGGAAUACAUUCUGUGGACAAUGUCACUUUAGAAUCUUUCAUCUCAGUGAAGGAUUACGCAUUCUCAAUACUUCCAUAAUUGCAGGUUGUGUUCAUUUUUUUAUAUAGUUUUUGUAAUCCAAAGAAUAUUUUGCUAGAUUUGCACAGAUCUCCAAUUGAAUUUGCAAUGAAGAAAUAACUCAAAAGGAAUAUGAAUAGCAUUUAAAUAAGUAUACAGCUGUAAGUAACCCUGUCACCAUGGAUGAUCCUUUUCUCUAGGAAUGUAUUUGGAUUAGAGAUGACAACUACAUUUUCACAUUUUUAUGUUGAAGUCUUUUUUAAAAAGGCUGUUUACUUUUCAGUAGUUAAGAAUACUUGUUUAUCUUUUUUUUUCUUUUUACCUUUUAUUUUUUCUUGAAGCCUCUAUUGUUUGUAGAACACUCUUAGAAACCUGGAAAUAAAAUGUCUUUCCCAA